CGCAGCUGCUUGCGCGCACCCGCACUCCUGCAUCCCCGGCGCGCGCGCUCGCUCCCCGGUCACAGCAGUUUGUGCCCAGAGGCGGGAAGGAGCCGCAGUUGGAGCGGCUGGACCGAGCAGGGCGCACUUUGUUUUCUUCUUUUCCCCCCAAACUUCCCCCUCCAUCUGUCACAAUUCCCCCCCAGCGCGGCUCCACGGGGUUUCUGUCGUCCUUCGGUCCCCGAACGGCGCGGAGGAAGUGGUCCGUGGUCCUCCUCGUGACCGCAGUCGCGAUGCUCCUGCUGGCGCUGACCGUGGCGGUGCCGCUGCUGCUGCUGCGCUCCUCCGAGAGCACCGCGCACUACUACGAGAUGAUGGGCACCUGCCGGAUGGUGUGCGACCCCUACAGCGCCAAGCCGGGGGGCGCCACCGCCAUGGAGGUGAUCCAAAACGGCGCGCAGCAGCCCCCGAUGGCGCAGGGGACCCGCGGGGAGCCGGGCAGACCCGGCAAACCCGGACCCCGCGGUCCACCUGGGGAGCCGGGACCCCCAGGUCCGAGGGGCCCACCGGGAGAGCGCGGGGGGAGCAAGCUGUCCUUCCCGGCUCUGAGCGGAGCCUCGGGGGCUGAAGGUGGGGACGCGGACGGGAUGAACUCCACGGGGAGCGCGUUCAGGAUCGCCUUCUACGUGGGUCUGAAGAACCCGCACGAGGGCUACGAGGUGCUGAAGUUUGACGACGUGAUCACAAACUUGGGGAACCACUACGACCAAAGCACCGGGAAGUUUACGUGCCACGUGUCAGGGAUCUAUUUCUUCACUUAUCACGUACUGAUGCGCGGAGGAGACGGCACCAGCAUGUGGGCGGACCUGUGCAAGAACGGACAGGUUCGGGCCAGUGCCAUUGCUCAGGACGCAGACCAGAACUACGACUAUGCCAGCAACAGUGCUGUCCUGCACUUGGACUCUGGAGAUGAAGUGUAUGUGAAGCUGGAUGGUGGGAAAGCCCACGGAGGCAACAACAACAAGUACAGCACCUUCUCUGGCUUUAUCUUGUACCCUGACUGAGACCUGCUGCAGGACAAGCUGGACUGUAUCCAC